AAAAUGGACAACUUGACUCUACUGGAGGCCUCGUGUCUUUCUCCAAUAAGCAACAUCACAUCACCCUUGGAUUUCACCCUGCUCACACCCUCCCAACUGGGUAUCUCCACUCAAAGUUUCACGCCAUCUUCUAACGUCAAAGAAAAAUCUUGCCUAGCUCAGCUGAAGGUGAAGCGGAGGUCCAAUGUUGGGGUACGGAGUUUCAGAGACCAACUCCCUAAUCCACUACAUUGCCCAACAAAGGAUGAAAACUCCCCCCACAACACCACAGGAUACCCAAGCCAUCCCCUUCUUUCCCAGAGUCGCCUCUACUCUAAAGCAGAAGAUGGCCAUCUUCCAGAGCAUUAUGAAUGUGGAGGAGAAUGAAGAUCACACGGGGGGAUGCAUCAAAACAAGAGAUGUUCUGUCUGGUGGUGGGUGGAGCUGUGAUAGUGGUGGGAAGGAGAACAUGUCCCCAGUGAGCCAGCAUCCCUCUCUGACUUCCCCACCCAGUAAGAGGUGCUGCACAGCACGCACUCUGGGGGAGUGUGUGGAGGAGAUUAGGGAGGCCACUACUCCUGUCCUCAAACGCACUGCCACCAUACUCAAGCAGCAACAGAACACGGAGGUUGCAGUUGUCCAGGACAAGGACCAUCAGCCAGCUCUCAAUGUAGAACCUGCUAGUGUGUCUCUGUCACCAGCCCUGGGUACCGAUGCUGUGUCCCAGAUCACCCAGGGCAAGCCACAGCCCUCUCAUAUGAUGCAGCAGCACUGCACUCCCACCAAGGAUGACCAGGAGUGCUCUUUUGAACUGCACAGCCCCAGCCAACCUCUGGUUUUGCAUUCAGGACGAGUCAGGACAACUCUGCCCCAGCUGUUCGCCAUGCCAUCUCUUUUGGAGAUGAACCCCACUGAUGAAGCUGAUGGUGGCAACGUUAACUCCACUAUGAAGAAGCAGGUGCGUUUUGGGAUUCUGCUGCCCCCUGAACUCUUUGACAAGAAUCUUCCUCCCAGCACCCCUCUACGGAAGGGGGGAACCCCGGUCCGCGCCCCAACAUCUGCCGGGGGGUCCCAGCUGAGGUCACUGCUGAAGACCCCCUUAACCCUGGCCCGGCCGGACUUCAUCAGCCCCUCUCUAACUGGAGCCUCCCCACCCCUCACUAUGGGACCCUGCUGUGGGGAACAGGAGAGCACCCACACUCAGGGAAAGAUCCCUUUCCCUUCAAUGGAAGAAGUUGACAGUUCAUGGAUGGACAAUGCAGAGCUGGAGACUGGACCUCUGGAUCUGACCUCAGCUUUUCAAGAGGAGGACUCUGUUUGUGAGGAAAUGCCAGAUGCUGCCCCAGUGCCUGACCCUGCCCUGGAGCCAGAACCAGCCGCCACAGCCCGCUCUCGCAGCAGAAAGAGAAAGCAACCAGAGGAGAAGAGUGAGCCUGUGAAGAAGAGGUCGUCUCGUACGGCUGCCAAGUCUGCCUGUGGGAGGAUGAAGAACUCAGCAAAGCAUUUCUUUGGGAAGAAGGCGGUGGACCGUUCUCUGUAUGGGAAGAGAGACUAUGCAUCCAAGAACCCUACCCUCAGUCCCAUCACGGAGGUCCUGUCCUCCCUUAGCCACUCUCCUCAACACCCCCACAACUGCAAACCCACAGCCAAAGAAGACUCCAUCCUAUUAGAAGAAUACUUUAACAGUGACCCCGUCACCGCAGUGGUCACAGCUGCAGCUCUGUGGUCAAGCUGCUUCUGCCCCCCGGUCAGUGAGGACUCACCAGAAGACACCACCCCAGCUGCAGAGCCAUCUGAUGGGCUCUCAGUAGACUACCAGAGCCCUAUAGGCUCCACCACCACAGACAGCUCUGGGACUGGAAGAGCAGCACAGAUCUGGAGAAGAUGGUCAGGUCCAACAAAGACCUCCAGAACCAAAAGGCAGAGUGUUAUUAGAGUAGGUAGAGGGAAGGGCAGGAAGGUCAGUGUUCCUGUUGAUAACUGGCUGAGUGAAGAGACCGAGGAGCAGGUAAAGAACUUUGAUACAGAACAAGACCCAACAGAAACAACCCAGCCAGAGGUUUUAGUGUCCAGCCCAGCCAAGCACACAGUCCCUGGUAACAGAGAGGGUGAACCUAAUACACACUGUACCUCAGACCCUGUAGAUACCGAUCAAUGCACUGGCACACUUCCAGAUGCAGGUAGGAGUGGGGAUAGUCCAGCUAGAGCAGACACUGAUACUACUACACCCUGCCCUCCUCCAGAUGAGGUUAGCACCACAGUGGCUCCCACAGAGCAGAAGGCAGUGAGCCAUGUAGAACAGAGUCCAAACAAAGGCGGGCAGAGAGGAGCAGCUCAGGGCCCAGGCCGCUCCAGAGGUAGAAGGAGCUCUAUAUACGCCAGCUCAGUCAUAGAGGAGGAGCAGGCUUCCCAGCCAAAUCGGCCACGGGCAGUGGAGAAUGAUAACCAUGGGUCCGGAAUGGAGCUGGGUAACGUUAUAGAACAGGCCUCCACCUCCUACCCAGACUCCCUCCUUCCCCCCUGGGCACAGAAGGAGUUCAACAUUGAUGAUGUGCUAAGGCCUCUCCCCUGCAGGUGGCAUCAGUCUGUCCGCCGCAGCCUGAGGAACCAGAGCAGCACCCUCGAGGCCUCUGGCCUGGCCUGGCUACCCCACACCUCUCCGGACUCCAUUAGUGCUGUCUGCAGGAAGACCAGGCGCAGACACAGCUCCAUCCAGGAUCUACUACACCCUCCCCUGGAAGAAGUGAAUCACACUGACCUAUGAGCCACUCCAAUGCUAGUCUGUCCACUACCUGUACACUGGCUGUGAAUGAAAUGGUACCCUAUUCACUACGAAGGUCCUUAUUUCUUUUUGACUAGGGUUGGCCAUUUCCACCUGCUUUUGAUGGCUAUUGAUUGUUGUGAGUUUUCUAAAGCACUGUUUUUGUUUUUAGUAAUUAAGUAGUAUAAAUAGAACAAGAUCUACCUUUUAAUGUGAUUUAACAAGUUUGGUAGUUGUCAUUUACCAAGGCUCAUGGGAGUAGGAGAUGUACAGACUUUGUACAGACAGAUGUGCAUCUUUUACUCUUUGAAUGUGUACCUCCUGUAUUCAUUAAAUAAAAUGGGGCUCUUCCAAACUA